AUGGAGGCCCUGCGAGUUCUCAGCAGCCCUGACAUUGAUGUCCGGAGAAAGGCUCUCAACCUUGCUAUGGAGAUGGUCUCGAGCAAGAACGUGGAAGAAAUCAUCAUGCUGCUCAAGAAAGAACUUGCCAAGACCGUCGACGAACAAUAUGAACAGAAUAGCGAGUAUCGCCAAAUCUUGGUACAGUCAAUACACUCCUGCGCGAUCAAGUUCUCCGAAAUCGCUGCCAGCGUGGUUGAUCUCCUGAUGGACUUUAUUGCCGACUUCAAUAAUAACUCCGCCGUCGAUGUGAUCUCGUUCGUCAAAGAGGUCGUGGAGAAGUUCCCUGACUUGCGUGGGUCAAUCGUAGCCCGCCUGGUUUCAACUUUGAGUGAAGUCCGAGCUGGCAAGGUCUACCGCGGAGUUCUUUGGGUUGUUGGUGAAUACUCCCUGGAGGAGAAGGAUAUUCGGGAUGCUUGGAAGACGAUCAGAGCCAGCCUUGGUGAAAUCCCAAUUUUGGCAUCCGAACAACGCCUCCUGGAUGAGGUUCCAGAUGACAACGCCCUGCUGAUGGAGCAGGCCAAUGGCCAAUCUAAGGCCGCACCCACUGGAUCCCGAAAGGUGCUUGCAGAUGGCACCUACGCUACCGAAAGCGCUCUCACCAGUCAAUCGGCGGCAGCAGCUCGUCUCGAGGCUGUCAAGGCCGCACAAAAGCCUCCUCUGCGCCAACUUAUUUUGGAUGGCGACUACUAUCUCGCAACGGUGCUCUCUUCGACUUUGACCAAGUUGGUGAUGCGUCAUUCCGAGGUGUCGCAGGAUACCGCUCGCACCAACGCUCUGCGUGCCGAGGCCAUGCUUAUCAUGAUUUCCAUCAUGCGCGUUGGCCAAUCCCACUUCGUUAAGGCUCCUAUUGACGAGGACUCUGUGGAUCGUAUCUUGACCUGUGUGCGAUCCCUGGCUGAAUUCUCGGAGAAGAAGGAGCUCGAAGCCACUUUCUUGGAGGACACCCGAAAGGCGUUCCGUGCCAUGGUCCAGGUCGAGGAUAAGAAGAGGGCUGCCAAGGAGGCAGUGGAAAAGGCUAAGAGCGCCGUCCAGGUUGACGAUGCUAUCCCCAUUCGCCAAUUCACCAAGAAGAACGCCGUCGAGGGCGGAGAGGAGAUCGAAAUGGAUCUUGCCAAGGCAACCGGUGGCGAUUCUACCGUGGAGGAUGUUUCUUCGAAGCUCAGCCGGGUGGUGCAAUUGACUGGUUUCUCCGACUCCGUUUAUGCUGAAGCCUAUGUCACCGUUCACCAGUUCGACAUUGUUCUUGACGUCCUGUUGGUUAACCAAACAACGGAAACUCUGCAAAACCUGUGCGUAGAGUUUGCAACUCUCGGUGACCUGAAGGUCGUUGAGCGGCCAUCCACCAACAACCUCGGCCCACGCGAUUUCUUGAAUGUCCAGGCUACAGUCAAGGUUUCGUCAACCGACACCGGUGUUAUCUUUGGUAACAUUGUCUAUGACGGCGCCAGCUCUACCGAGACCCAUGUGGUCAUUCUCAACGACAUCCAUGCCGACAUCAUGGACUAUAUCCAGCCUGCUCACUGCACUGAGACUCAGUUCCGUACUAUGUGGACUGAAUUCGAGUGGGAGAACAAGGUCAACAUCAAUUCCAAGGCCAAAACUCUGCGUGACUUCCUCAAGCAGCUGAUGGAGAGUACCAAUAUGGCCUGCUUGACGCCCGAUGCUUCGCUCAAGGGAGAUUGCCGCUUCCUGAGUGCCAACUUAUAUGCGCGCAGCGUGUUCGGCGAGGAUGCACUAGCAAACCUAAGCAUCGAAAAGGAGGGAGACGAUGGGCCAAUUACAGGAUUUGUGCGGAUAAGAAGUCGCUCCCAGGGUCUGGCACUGAGCUUGGGCUCUCUGAAGGGUCUCAAGGCAGCGACUGCAUAA